AUGUUUUCAGUUAUAACGACAAUGUUUCAAUCAUUAUCGUUAACUUAUUCUUUGAAAUCUUCAGCCUUGAUAUCAUCAGAAUAUCCAUCUCCAUUAUCGACUCUUAAAGAUAGCAAAUUAAGACAACCAACAAUUAUUUUAUUAGUAUUAUUAUUAACGAUCAUCUUCAAUCAACCGACAACGGUACAUUCCAUAAAUGUAAUGUUGAAUUCUCAUUUAUCAGUCGGUACAUUAUUACAUGCUGGACCAUCAUGUAUCAUCAAACCGCAGUCAAGGAUAGUGAAUGGGGUUAAUCGCUUCCUAUUGGUCGACUAUACUCAAGUGAAACACCGUGGAAUUUGCUAUUCAACAUUACUUUGCAAACAAAAAGGUGGCGUAGCCAUUGGCAAAUGUGGAAUCGGUAAUUCAUGCUGUGUCUUCCCACAAACCUGUAACAGUAUUUCCGUUCGAAAUUCAACCUAUUUCACCAGUCCCGAAUAUCCAUCAUUAAUAAAUGGAUCCAAAGAAAUCGAAACAAAUCAUAAUCAUUAUGAACAUCAAGAUGUUAAUGAUGAUUUGACAACGAUUAACGAGCAAUCGAAAAACGAUCGAUGUUCACUCACAAUACAUCGAAUGCCAGGCAUACACCCGAUAUGUCAAAUCAGGUUGGAUAUUAUCGAAUAUGAGAUUGAAGGUCAUCAUCAUGAUGAUACCAAUAUGAUCCGCUAUUCAGAUAUUGAUCAUGGCUGUCGUUAUGCUGAUAAACAAAACGAGAAUGCCUCUGGAUCUCCUGCUGAUGGUACUAUAUUGGAUUGGAUAACUAUGAGAGCAAUGCGUCAUGAUCAUGCUGAUAUCAUCGAGCCUUUAUGUCCAUCAUCAAAAGUAGGGCAAUAUGUGAUUGUCAAUGUACAGCAACAUAUCGGGCCAUUCUAUUUAACUGUACAUACCGGGUCAUGGUCAGGCCGUCGUCGUUGGAACAUUCUAAUCAACCAAAUUGAAUGUGAUCGUAGUAGCUAUCAAAAUGAGAACGAACAUCGAAUACUAACGAAUACAAUAGAUACGUAGUGACGUUAUCCUGUCAUAAAUAUGAGCGAUUUACCACAAAAAAAACUGUUAACAGCUUCUUUUACCCAACACUUGAUGACAUAAUGUAAAUAAAAUUCAACAAAGAACCAUAA